UAAAUAUCCCCAAUCGCUCUCUCAUUCUCUCAAACGCUUCAACAUUUGUCACUCGAUCUGUAGCCGUCUCUCUUGCGAAGACCAAAACAGCUUGUUUUGAUCAUCUAGGGUUUCCCGUACACUAUGGAUUUCUCCGGCCUCACAAGAAAGGAGCUUCAGGCUCUGUGCAAGAAGAACAAACUCCCAGCUAACCUCACCAAUGUCGCCAUGGCAGAUUCUCUCAAGGCUCUUGAACACGUGGAAGGGCUUGAAGAGUUCCUGAACCAAUCCAAAUCGGAUCCCCAGCAAUCUCCGGAGAAAACCAUGAAUGGAUCACUAAGUAUCCCUCGUACUGCCGGCAGAACCUCGACUCGUAGAAAGCCCAUCCAAGUAGAACCAGAAAGCUCACAGCCAUUGACUCAAAGUCGCCGCGGAGCGAGGAGAGCCGUUUCUGAAGAGAUGGACCAAGAAAAGACUGAGGUGCCUAAAACUCCUGCCGCACCAAAUACCCGGAGAAGGGCUCCCGCUGCUUCUGCUCGACAGAACACCACACAGAAGGAGAAUCCUUCGGUGCAGAGCGUCUAUAACACAAGGCGAUCGGUGAGGCUGCUGGAAAAGAACAUGGCAAAGUUGAGCUUGGAUUAUGAAAACAGUAUGUCUUUUAAGAUGGAUGAACUUUCCACAGAAAUCAACAAUGGCUCAGUUGAUAUGGGGUCUAAUAUGCAGACGAUAUCAGAGGUGAGUUCAGAGAGGGUUGAUGUUUCUGAAGUUUCAUCGGAACCAAAAUCAAAUGGACCAUUUGAGAAUGAAGGGAAGUUGAAAGAUGAUGUUCAAGAACCUAACAAGACUGAUAUGAUUAAAGUAAAAGAUGAUUCAAAGGUAAAAUCAGAAGUGGAAUCUGGGGUAUCCGAACCAAAAUCAGCCUCAGAUGUCAUUGUGGAUGUAUCUCACGAAGAGGGGUCAGACGAAACAGAUGACAAGGAACCUCAUGACGAAGGAACAGAAAAAUCUAUAGCUGCCAAAGUUUCUGAUGAUAUUUCUGCUGAGGUCAUGUGCAAUGCUAAUGCUGCUCAAUUUUCGUUGUUACAAGAAGUAAAUGAAUCACUGAGUGAGGAAGAAUCCACUGACCCCAAUUCAUUGACUCUGAGUUCCGCUCAUGGUCAGGCUCAGAACCCAGAAGAUAAUUGUCAAAGCCUGGAGAUAAAAGAAUCUGAAACCAAUGCAGCAGAGGAUCAAGAUUUCGACUCAAAAUCUGCCCCUGUAGGAGAGACUGGAGAAGUCAAGGACGUGACCAAUGUAGAAGAAGCUGCUAAACCCCAGGUAUUGACCCUGAGCUUGUCUGAUGAACGACAGUCUAUGAUAAGUUGCAAGGACUCAAUAAUGUAUGGGGCGGAGGGCGAUUACACAGAGAAAUUCAAUUUUGAAUCAGACUUCAGCUCAGAAGAAGAUUCUGGUGAUGACAUCAGUGAAGAAGAAUCUAGUGAAGAUGAGACUAUGGAUGAAGAAUCAUUCGAGGAUAAGAAAAAUGAUUAUAUGCAAGUGAGUGAAGGGGGUGAUUUAAGUUCUGAAAACUCUAUAGCAGAAGUUGACACGGCAACCCAGUUAAAUCCUUUGUCAGAUGAGAUACCAAAAUCUAUGAAAGUAGCUCAGGAGGCAAUGCCAGUAGAAGAAAUUUCUAUGGUUACCAAUAACCACGAAGGCACUCCAAAAUUGCCACCAUUGGCAGCAGCUGACCAACUUCCGCUACAGUUUCCUCGUCCAACUCUCUCAAAAUCCGGCAAGUCUCCAGGCAAGAAUCAAUCGGCAAUUAUGAACUACAUCUUUGAUGACAACGAGGAAAAAGACAUUGAGAGUAGUGAUAAGUUUCUCGGAGGAGUUGAGAUGAAGAGAGACACUGACACCGUGCAAAAAGAACUUGAUACUAAGAGUCUAAGGCAGCUGAAGAAAAUGCUGAAAAAUCAACUAAAUAUUGGAGACAGUAAGAAUGGCACCAAGAUGGUAGAGAAGCCAAGAAUUGCCUUGCAGGAAGUCCCAGAGAACCAAAUGGCUGUGAACAAAGCUGGCAAUGGAAACUGAUUUUGGAUGUGGUCCUCUAAUUGAAUUUUGGUUGUGAAGAGUCAAUGUGUUGAGGGGGGUUAAACCUUGGUUUGCCUCCUUUAGAGUUUUAAGAUAACUUUGGGAGUUCAUUUUGGUCAUUGAAUCUUUAAGGUCUUUUUAAUUACUUGAGUAAUAAUGUAGCUCACCCACCCAAUCCUUGAUGGUGGGCUUGGAAGUUGUCAAUUUUGCUUAUUGAUAUAUACUAUUGACUUCUUG